AUGUGGGAAUCGCAAUGGACGAAAAUCAAAAGCGAGGGCCAUGGGUCAUCUACUAAUGUUAAGUACGGACCCGACGCCCCUGGACUAGCGAGUGGACACGCCCUGCCGCUGCGAGCAGGCUCCAGUCCCGACCAGGAUAAGCUUCGAAUGGGAUCCAUCGGCUGUUGUGCGCGAGCGAGUGAGAGAGCUGAGAAGCGACGAGGGAAGACAGAAAAGAUGGAGCAACAACGAGAAGGUGUGAAGGACCCAAGACCAGACAGACGCAAGACACGAGUACCCGGUGCUGCUUGCAUGGAGCCACCAGACUUCAAGUACCCGCUGUCCGACGCCGCCGUCGCCGCCGCCUAUGCUCGUCGCCCUGCUGGCUUUCCUGUGGCGCGACUCUUUUGCUCCUGCCAUCUCAGCCAUCUUGCCGCCAUUCAUCCUCUCUACCUUCUGCAUCCCCAAACAAUCAUUUUGGCCACCCCGUCGCCGACUAACGUGUUCUUGUUUUUCCUCAUUCACAUAACUUCCGCAUCUGCCAUCCCCCUCUCUGCAUUCUUUUCGCCAUCUCCAGAGCAAUUUUCACCCCCCUGCGCCGUUGCCUGCUCAUCGCGCUGUGUCCCUUCGCCGACCGUGCAUCCUUUCACGCAACUCGCGACAACGUACGCCACCGCUCCAGACGCGAUUUCCUCGCCGCCUCGAUAUUUUCAAAUAUUGCUACCAGACUCCGGCGCGAUCAGCAAUAUUUUCAGGUCAACCUACGUCUGCCAUCAACUCCGCGCGCCACACAAACGCCCCCGCGACCCAUCUUAUCUUCACGAUCCCGUUUGCUCGUCGCAAGUGCAUACUCUCAUUUUGCGCCGCUCAACAAACUCGUUCUUUUAUUGCGCUACCCAAGCGACACCGUCUGCGACGUCACCGCCUCGUCGUGACUUUUCCAGCGCCAUUUGCGACAGUACCCCUGUACCCGAGCGACGAACCCGCGUCAGCGCAACUGCCCUCUCGAUUUACGACUGCAUAUCGUCGUGCCUCUGUCCUGCAGCAGCAUCCCUACUACUUGGGCACCCUUUUUCUGUCCGAGCGCAUGUACUUGAUCUCCGGGCGAUGAACACUGGCCGCAAAUUAUCGCCAACUCAACCUCCAGUUGGCUCCACUAGCGCGUCCGCAAAACCCUUGCAGUCAAACCGUUCGACUCCCUUUUUGCCAUCUUCAGGCGCAGAUACCGACUCUAUGGCCGCUACCGCCUAUCCCAACUCAUCACACGCUUUCCGGCCCGCCAACUCGGGCCAAAUAUCGCGCCCCUUCAUCAUGAAUGGUAAAGGAAAAUCCGCCGACCGCGGCGUCACCAACCCCGUCGGCACUCCCUUCUCAAACUCCCCCGCGCCGUCCGUGAUCCGCGUCCUACUUCGUCGCCUCCCUCUCAGCUCCUCGGAAGAAACCAUUCGACUCAUGUUGGUCUGGUCGCAAGAGCUCACCGAUAUCGAGCUGCUGUCUGCCGAAAAAUCGGAAGACGAGGGCUUUCGCUCCGCCCUCCUCCGCUUUAAGACUAUGAAUGGCGCCAUUGAAGCCAAGAACAUGCUCGAUGGCCGCUCCAACAUUUCCAACGAUGCCGAAAUGAUCGUUGAGAUCCUCAGCCCCAGCGUCACCAGCGGCCGCCGCCACAACGACGGGCCUCAGAAUGGAACAAACGGCCAGAUUCCCACCUCGGCUGCGCCUGGUGGUCCCUCUGCCCGCCAGCAGCCCCAGUUUGCAAAUCCUUUCCACACCCUCGACAGGAUUUCUCCUACUAGCAUGUUCCCUGGACGAGAGUUUGUUCCUGGCGAAAAUUAUCAAGCCAUCUUCUACCCACAGUCACCAAUCGGACAUCACCUCAACGUCUCUGAUCGGAGCCACGUUUCGAGCAAGUCUCUCAUUACUGGCGACUACAACGAUGACGAUGAUACCAGCAACCUCUUGAAGGAUCCUGUUGCGUAUGCUCAGAAUAACAGCGCCCACGGCAACUCAUUCGGCCGGCGCGCCACCGCACCCCAGGUUCCAGUCAGUCACAUGGCCAGCCUCAGUCUAAAGACCAGCGCUCCCCCAGGUCCUUCCUCACUGGGGCCGCACCAUAUGAACUCACUUUCUCCCGUCGGCAACGCGCCUGCUAGUAAUGGGCCCAGCAUGAAUUUUCAUUCUACUCCUGGCCCGCACUUUCCGCAUCACAACUUUCCUCCCGUGAAUCCGGCCGACCAGAACCCGCCGUGUAACACACUUUAUGUCGGUAAUUUACCCAUCGACACGUCCGAGGAGGAGCUCAAGGCUGUGUUUUGCAAGCAGCGCGGCUACAAACGUCUAUGUUUCCGCACCAAGCAGAAUGGCCCCAUGUGCUUUGUCGAGUUUGAAGACAUCACCUUUGCGACCAAGGCUCUCCACGACCUCUACGGCACGCCUCUGCACAAUAGCACUAAGGGUGGCAUUCGUUUGAGCUUCUCCAAGAAUCCACUCGGAGUCCGCUCCGGCCAGGUCCCGACCCAGCCGGCGUCUAUGCAGAUGCCCAAUGCCAACGGCAUGAGCAGCGGGCCGGCCAAUGGCUAUAGCGCCAGCGGUCCGCCUCCCGGUCUGUCCGCACCUCCUGGUCUAGGUAGUGGACGAUCCCACUUUAGCACCAACAGCGUCGGCGGGAGCAGCAACCAGAGACAGCAAUAUGUCUUCUCCGGCUUCCCUACAGCCAGUAACAACCCAUGGAACACACCCUCCUACUCUAGUGGUGCUGUUGCUGGUGGUUCCAAUGGACACUCUCAUUCAAAUAACUUUAUGCCUCACCAUAUGAUGGGCCGUUAG